AUGGGCUACGAAGACAAGAAUGACGGGACGAUGAGCGCCGACAAGAUAGGUUCGCUGCUGGAAAGAGGGCCGUUGUCAUCGCAUAAGGGAACUUUGAGUAGCCAGCAGUACAGGGAAAAAUUCCAGGACAUGUACACUCGGUUUUUCAACCAUAGUAGCAGUGACGAGGCUAGUAGUGAAGAUGAGACGACGGGGGAAAAGAGGACACAGCAGCAGUUACAGCAACAGCAGCAGCAGAAACAGUGGAAUGGGGCCAGCAGCGGUGGCAAUGGCGAGACUACGGAUCUGUCCCGACAGUUGCACGACCUGAUUUCAAGCAACUCGGAGCUGGGCUCCAGGUUGCUGUCGCUGCUCCUGGUGAGCAGUGGGAACGCCAAAGAUAUCAUCUGUGCCGUUAACAAGGGCGAUCUCGAGGGCCUCAAAAAACUGGACCUGCAAAAGUCACAGGCCUCAGGCCGUCCCUUAGCGACGGCGGGCGCUAGCAGCCCGUCCGACGGUCGCACUCAACGCAGAUACACCGAGGAAGAACUCAGUGAGUUCAGAAAGGUGGAGCUCGAAAAACGACGCAAGAACACCGAAGCUUCCGCCAGAUUCAGAGUGCGCAAGAAGCAGCAGCAGCGGGAAAAGGCAGAACGGCUCAAGCAACUCAACAGCCAGAUAUCGGAGCUGUAUUCGACGAUCGAAAACCUGCUUGACGAAAACCGCUUCUGGAAAGGCAAGCUCGAGGAAGUGAACGAGCGCAAGUCGCGCGAAAUGCUUGACAAAAUCAAAGGGCGCAGGCUAAAAGAGGAGGACGAUGCAGCAACUUUAUAA